AUGGAUAGGAAUCCUAUCCCUCGACAGGCCCGUCGCCCGAAAAUGACAAGGUCCGCACGGGUUCCGGGCAAGCGUCCCAGAUCAGAAUUCGAAACCCAUCAUGUUCAGGAAAACGACCCUGCACCGACCAUACCUUCUUCUCCGAGUGUGCGUCGGGCCACUCGACUUAUCAAGACCAAAGAGUGCCUUGCAUGUGGAGAAGACUUCCCGCAAUCCUCGAUGAUAUUUGCACCAUGUUCACAUCUGUUCUGCAAACCAUGCGCUGACAAUCUUGUCAGCCUGGCGAUGAGAGAUGAAGCUUACUUCCCAGCGCGAUGUUGCGAUACGAUGAUCCCUGUUACUCUCAGCAACGGCUUCUCGAAUGAGGUAGUAAUUCAGUAUAAUGCGAAGGCAGUCGAAUUCGCCAUACCUAGCCUCGGACGUGUUUACUGCAGUAGUGAGAUAUGCGCUACAUUCAUCCCACCGACACAAAUCGAUUCAGGGAUUGGCCAUUGCAAGCGCUGCCUAACCGAUACAUGUAUCGCAUGCAAAGCGAAAGCUCACGAGGGAGUAUGUGGACACAAGGACGAAGACGUUCAGGGUGUCCUUCGAUUGGCCCAGGGCACAGGAUGGAAGCGCUGCAGUAAGUGCGGGCAUGUCAUCGAAAAGAGCAUGGGCUGCGAUCACAUGGUCUGUCUCUGUGGUCAUAGAUUUUGCUAUGCCUGUGGCAAAGAUGCCGGGAAAUGUGCGUGCGACGAAGUGCCUGUGGACGUGCCGAUGCCUCCACACGCCGCGAAUCCGCCUUGCAACAACCACCGAUGGGGCAGAAUACUUCAGCCAGAAAACUGCGAAGACUGUGGCAAGGCGGUGCAAGGCUACAACAUCUUCAUUUGUCGCGGAUGUGCACACAUUGCUUGUCUCGCAUGUCGCCGCCGGCUUUGA